GGCCAGGGGUCGCUGACGCUCAGUGUUUUGGCCCGGACGGUCACAUGUUUCCUUUGUUGUGAGCUGCCGCAAACACUGGUGGCUGUAGGGAGACGCCGGCGCUGCAGAGAGCGCUGCGCUGCCGGCCGCUAAAGGGAAGGCAGGGGCUGCGGCUGCUGGCCGUUUCCAGCCUUCGCCGAGAGGUACCCGGGGAUGACAGCUCUGGAACUAGCCGAGAGGCGAGGAACCGGUGUGGAAAUUAAAACAACACAAAUAUUUUGACUGGGGAUUUGAUCAAGCAAAUGCUAAAAAGCCACAUAAAGAAGAUCCUUAACAUUUCUCAACAAUUAUAUAGUCAACUGAUGUAACAAUGGUACUAAUAUUGGGACGAAGACUAAACAGAGAGGAUCUUGGGGUGCGUGAUUCCCCAGCAACUAAGCGUAAAGUUUUUGAAAUGGACCCUAAAUCUUUGACAGGCCAUGAGUUUUUUGACUUCUCCUCAGGAUCAUCCCAUGCUGAAAACAUACUCCAGAUAUUCAAUGAAUUCCGAGACAGCCGCUUAUUCACAGACGUCAUCAUUUGUGUGGAAGGCAAAGAAUUUCCUUGCCAUAGAGCUGUUCUCUCAGCCUGUAGUAGCUACUUCAGAGCUAUGUUUUGUAAUGACCACAGAGAAAGCCGAGAAAUGUUGGUUGAGAUCAACGGUAUUUUAGCUGAAGCUAUGGAAUGUUUUUUGCAGUAUGUUUAUACUGGAAAGGUAAAGAUCACUACAGAGAAUGUACAGUAUCUCUUUGAAACAUCAAGCCUCUUUCAGAUUAGUGUUCUCCGUGAUGCUUGUGCCAAGUUCUUAGAGGAGCAACUUGAUCCUUGUAACUGCUUAGGAAUCCAGCGCUUUGCUGAUACCCAUUCUCUCAAAACACUCUUCACAAAAUGCAAGAAUUUUGCAUUACAGACUUUUGAAGAUGUGUCACAGCAUGAAGAAUUUCUUGAGCUUGACAAAGAUGAACUUAUUGAUUAUAUUUGUAGUGAUGAACUUGUUAUUGGUAAAGAGGAGAUGGUUUUUGAAGCCGUCAUGCGUUGGGUCUAUCGUGCUGUUGAUCUGAGAAGACCACUGUUACAUGAGCUCCUGACACAUGUGAGACUCCCCCUGUUGCAUCCCAACUACUUUGUCCAAACAGUUGAGGUGGACCAAUUGAUCCAGAAUUCUCCUGAGUGUUAUCAGCUUUUGCAUGAAGCAAGACGGUACCACAUACUUGGGAAUGAAAUGAUGUCCCCAAGGACUAGGCCACGCAGGUCAACUGGCUAUUCUGAGGUGAUAGUUGUCGUUGGAGGCUGUGAACGGGUUGGAGGAUUUAAUCUUCCAUACACUGAGUGCUAUGAUCCUGUGACAGGAGAAUGGAAGUCUUUGGCUAAGCUUCCAGAAUUUACCAAAUCAGAGUAUGCAGUCUGUGCUCUAAGGAAUGACAUUCUUGUUUCAGGUGGAAGAAUCAAUGGCCGUGAUGUGUGGAUUUAUAACUCACAGCUAAAUAUUUGGAUCAGAGUUGCUUCUCUAAAUAAAGGCAGAUGGCGUCACAAAAUGGCUGUCCUCCUUGGUAAAGUAUAUGUUGUUGGAGGCUAUGAUGGACAAAACAGACUUAGCAGCGUAGAAUGUUAUGAUUCCUUUUCAAAUCGAUGGACUGAAGUUGCUCCCCUUAAGGAAGCAGUGAGUUCUCCUGCCGUGACUAGCUGUGUAGGCAAAUUGUUUGUGAUUGGUGGAGGACCUGAUGAUAAUACUUGUUCUGAUAAGGUUCAAUCUUAUGAUCCAGAAACCAAUUCUUGGCUACUUCGUGCAGCUAUCCCAAUUGCCAAGAGGUGUAUAACAGCCGUAUCCUUAAACAACUUGAUAUAUGUUGCUGGUGGACUGACCAAGGCAAUAUAUUGUUAUGAUCCAGUUGAAGAUUACUGGAUGCAUGUACAGAAUACAUUUAGCCGACAGGAAAACUGCGGUAUGUCUGUGUGUAAUGGUAAAAUAUAUAUCCUGGGUGGAAGACGGGAAAAUGGAGAAGCCACAGACACUAUUCUCUGUUAUGAUCCUGCAACAAGUAUCAUCACAGGGGUGGCUGCAAUGCCCAGGCCAGUGUCCUAUCACGGCUGUGUGACCAUACAUAGAUACAAUGAAAAAUGCUUUAAGCUCUAAAGCCAGGAUACCUCACCCAAGAAGCCACACUGAUCCAAGAUGAGAGGUUCUAAGAACUCCAGAGUGGGAACUUGACAUAUCUCCUUUGUGCCAUGUACACAAAAAAGUAAAAAUAAUAAUUGUGGUGCCUUUUCCCCUGAAAUAUCAAUCUUUCAAACUGUAAUAAAGCCUUUCCUGUAAUUGGAAAAAAAAAUUUGUUGUUGUUGAAAGUAACAGUGGUUAUUGCUUGGGUUUUGAGAGUGUACCUUUGUAAGUACUUGUAAGAAACUCAUGUGGAGUAGGAAAUAAUGUCUGCCUUUGUAACUUUCAGGAAUUUGUGAAUGGUUUCUCCAUUUAUAUAUGUUUAUCUGUAAGCCUGUAUAUUCCUUAUUUUGUCAUACAUGUAUAGAAAAUUGCAUGACUUAGGCUUCAUUUAGGUUGACUCACAUAAUGCUUAGAAUGCUUACAAAGGGAGGAAGUCAGUUUAAAAAAUCUUUUUCACUAAAAAUAUAUCCAAACUGAUUAAUUUUAUUGAAGUUUUUUUUCAGUAAUUGAUAAAAAUGUAAUGACAACAAUUUGAGUAUCAUAAAAUACUGAAUUAUCAUGACUUCUUAGAAUUGCUUGUAUUAAACAUAUUUUUGGAAGAACAUUGGGUAGGAGAUAGAAAACCAAGUGCCCCUAAAAUGCAGAUUAAAAUUAUAGGUUAAUUCCUAAGAAAAAAUUAUGUAAGACCGUUGAAGGGAAAAACGACCCACUGUGGCUCUCAAAGUACUUAUGUAUCAUCUCUAAAUCCUCUAAGGAAGCACCUUUUCUUGAACCUGGCAAGAGAGUCGAAAUCCAUUUUGUGAUAUUAUUUUGUGGAAAACAAGGACAGGUUUUCUCCCUAGCCCAGUAGGGUUUGACUUCAUUAGUAUGGUGCUUUGGGUGAGGACCUCUUCCCUGGUUAUCCUCCUUUCCUGUGAACAGGUAAAAAUCCUGGAGUCUUCACUCUUGAGUUGCCUUUAAAGGAUAAAGCAGGGACCACCUAUCAGUGGGUCCAUUUUUCUUUUAAAAUUAGCUAUCCAAAAAAACUAACAGUGGUAUUUGCAGUCUUUUAAGAUAAAUCUUUCAGUUGGUACCAAUUGUGGAAAAUCCUGGUCAACAUUCUCAAGCUUCUCUACAACAAAUUGCCUUUGUCUAGAUUUUUCAACUCCAGUUUAUAAGCUUACUAGUUUUCAAAGAGGAAUGUAAAAUUUUUUCUAAGGCAAAUGGAAUGGCAGGAACUGUAGUAUAAGUGAUUACUGUUAUUCCUGGGUGAAAGAUAUAAUUUACAACAUUUUAGGGAUAUUCCAGGGGUGUACCAGGUAGCCUGCUGGGGUUUCAACUGCCCAGGCACUACUGUUGUCUCACAUAAUUAUAUACUCCUUGUCAUAGGAGAGAUGAUGCAAAUGUGUGAUUAUAGUGCCACCAGAUUUCCGUUAAAACCAAGUUAGUAAUAAAAAAACCUAACAUAGAUAAACCAUUUUGUUUUCUCAUCUUAGAAGGAUACAGAGAUUCCUAAAAACUAUGUGGCAUC